ACUUGAAUUUGAUUCAUAAAAUCUCAAAGUUUGAUCUCAGCAUGUUUGAAUUGUGUUUGCCGCAACCUCGCACAGAUAUGUUGGUUUGAGCUUUCUACCUCUUCAUCCAUGCUCCCUCUCUUUCGCUUAUCUCUGCUCAACCUCAACACCCAAUCCUCCCUCCCCUCCCCAUAUGUAUGAGCUGGUCGAUCGCUCGUACCACUGCGGAGUAUUAUAACUCACUACCCUAUCCGAGAGGGAGAUGCUUAGGCCUCGGUGCUCUUCCAAGAGGUGGAGACUCACCAUAGAUUUCUAAUCUUCCCUCUCAACGUAUUGAUCCUAUGCCUCGGUAUACCGGUAUCCAUCCCCCCAUCCGUUGACUUAAAUCAGUUUGAAUUAUCUUGUGAUUCUACUUCUUAUAUCCGGCUUCUCUCCUCUUGCUUAUCCAUCCUUAUCUUGUGUCGAUGGUCAAACGUCCAAUCCAUGUAGCAUCAACAUCAACACAUAUUCUCACUACAUAGAUUACCACAACAACAAAAAUCACCACAAUGGGUUCAGUAGGAAGAUCUGGGAAUUCCGAUUACGACGUCGUGAUCAUCGGCGCGGGCCUAUCGGGAAUUAAUACUGCAUAGUAAGACGACCAGUUGAGCAGUGAUCCUUGGCUCAUAUCAGCAAUCCAGAUACUUGGGUUCAAUUACUUCAAAGAUAGAUAGCUAACUCCUUUGUAGUCACUUACAAACAGAAUUUCCCGAUCUAACAUAUACCAUACUUGAGAAUCGCGGGGCAAUUGGCGGAACGUGGGAUUUAUUUCGAUAUCCUGGUAUCAGGUCCGACUCCGAUCUAUAUACAUUUGGAUUAUCGUGGUAUCCGUGGAAGAGCUCUACGUUAAUCGCGGACGGUGAAUCAAUUCGCACAUAUUUUCAAGAAGCGGCCGAGAAAUUUGGAAUUGAUAAGAAUAUCAAGUUCCAUCAUAAUGUUGAGGCCGCAGAUUGGUCAACAGAGCAACAACGAUGGUCAGUAUCAGUCGAUGCUGGUGGAAACAAAAGCACCAUAAAAGGACGAUGGAUUGUUUGGGGCACGGGAUAUUACAACUACAAUGAGCCAUUGAAGGCCGAAAUACCUGGCUUGGACAACUUCAAAGGUCUAAAAGUACAUCCUCAAUUUUGGCCCCAAGACCUCGAUUACACGGACAAGAAAAUAGUCGUCGUUGGAAGUGGUGCUACGGCAAUUACUUUACUACCAAUUCUAGCAGAGAAAGCUGCCAAGGUAACCAUGUUACAGCGAAGUCCUUCUUGGAUCGUAGGAGUCCAAAAAACCUCUUCGAGCGGAGAUGUAUUGCGGAAAUUUCUUCCAGACUCGGUGGCUAACCAGUUGAUGCGAUGGAGAUUCCUCGUAUUACCUUUAUUAUUCUUCCAUUUCUGUCGCUUCUUUCCUGACCUUGCUCGAAGUCUCCUCCACAGAGGAAUCAAGAAGGAAAUCCCAUCCACUAUUCCAAUCGACCCUAAUUUUAGCCCCAAGUACAAUCCCUGGGAGCAACGUUUGUGCGCAUGUCCCGAUGGCGAUUUCUUCAAAUGUCUUCAUUCAGGAAAAGCCGAUGUCGUAACCGACACGAUCAAAACCGUCAGUUCAUCUGGCAUCGAGCUCAACUCAGGAAAAACUCUCGACGCCGAUAUAAUCAUCACAGCCACAGGAUUAAAAAUGCAAAUGGCCGGUGGCGCCAAAGUAAGCGUUGAUGGAGUCCCAUAUGAUUAUCCCAAAAAAUACGUGUGGAGAGGCGUAAUGCUUCAAGAUAUGCCCAACUCGGUAACGGUCAUCGGAUACGUAAACGCAUCAUGGACAUUAGGAGCGGAUAAUACGGCGAGCGUAUUAGUACGUCUCAUGAAACACAUGCGAGAGAGAAAUCUCAUCACGGCAAUACCUAGACUUCCUCGCGAGGAAAUGCAAUCAGGACCCUUGUUUAAUCUGAGUUCGACGUACAUGGAGAAGGGGAAGGCAGUUUUACCCAUGACGGGUGAUAGGGGUAUGUGGAAACUUCGACAGAAUUAUCUAGUUGAUUACUGGGUUGCGGAAUAUGGGAGUGUGACGGAUGACUUGGAAUUUAUGAGUGCGGGUGGUGCGGCGUUUAAUAAGGAUCAGUAGGUUUGAGUGUGAGUGUCACUGGAAUAUGAAGAUUUUAGAAAAAUAGAUAGAUGGGGAAUUCGUUGGUGGUUGUUAUAGAGUGAGUGG